AUGCGUGGAGAUUUAAAUGCAGCACUUAAUCCAAUUCCGCUUUAUAAACCUGGCGGAGGAGAAGAAAAAGCGGAAAUAGCUCGAUUGUCAACAUUUGCAGGCGCAUUGGCAGUUGGUGAUCUCGUUAAAAGCACACUUGGUCCUAAAGGAAUGGAAAGCUUCUUGUUACAAAUGAUGGAGCAACUAUAUUAUCGAAAAUUGGCAAGUUCAAAUAGGGAAAAUACAUUAUCAAAACAACGCAUAUUUGAAUUUCUAUUUUAUGUUUUAGGAGUUGAUAAUCCCGUGGCAAAAGUCUUAGUUGAAAUAUCAAAAGUUCAAGAUGAUGAAGUUGGCGAUGGUACAACAUCCGUGACUGUUCUUGCUAGUGAACUUUUAAGAGAAACUGAAAAUUUACUUGGACAAAAAAUUCAUCCACAAACAAUCGUGAAUGGAUGGCGAAAAGCAAGCGCCGAAGCAUUAAAGGUUCUUGAACAAGUUGCUGAAGAUCAUAGUAAGAAUCCUGAACAGUUUAAACAAGAUCUACUGAAUAUAGCUCGUACAACAUUGAGCUCGAAAAUUAUUCAAGGAAAAAAAGAUCAUUUUUCAAAAUUAUGUGUUGAAGCUGUAUUAAAAUUAAAAGGUAAAACAGAUCUUCAAUCAAUUCAAAUAAUCAAAAAACUUGGUAAUAAUUUAAGUGAUUCUUAUCUCGAAGAAGGAUUUCUUCUCGAUAAACGUAUUGGAAUAAAUAUGCCAAAACGUGUAGAAAAUGCACGUGUACUCAUUUGUAAUACGCCGAUGGAUACGGAUAAAGUGAAAGUAUUUGGCUCUCGUGUACGAGUCGAUUCCGUUGCUAAAGUAGCUGAAUUGGAAUUAGCUGAAAAGGAAAAAAUGAAAGAUAAAGUAGAAAAAAUUCUUAAACAUGAUUGUACAGUGUUUAUUAAUCGACAAUUAAUCUACGAUUAUCCUGAGCAAUUAUUUGCUGAUAAAGGUGUAAUGGCGAUUGAACAUGCUGAUUUUGAAGGAGUUGAACGUUUGGCAUCAGUUCUCGGAGGAGAAAUUGUAUCAACAUUUGAUGCACCGGAUAAAGUUCGAUUAGGUCGCUGUAAACUUAUUGAAGAAGUAAUUAUUGGAGAAGAUAAACUCAUUAAAUUUUCGGGCGUUGCUUUGGGUGAAGCUUGUACGAUUAUACUUCGAGGUGCUACACAACAAAUUCUUGACGAAGCUGAACGUUCAAUACAUGAUGCACUUUGUGUGUUAUCUCAAACGGUUAAAGAACCAAGAAUCUGUUAUGGCGGUGGAGCUGCUGAAAUGUUAAUGGCGAACGCUGUGACACAAUUGGCAGAAAAAACACCAGGCAAAGAAUCGGUGGCUAUUGAAUCGUUUGCUCGUGCUCUUCGUCAGCUGCCAACAAUUAUUGCUGAUAACGCAGGCUAUGAUAGUGCUGAAUUAGUAGCCAAUCUUCGUGCUGCACAUGCAUCAGGAAAAAAAACCUUUGGAUUAGAUAUGAGAAAUGGAACAACAGAUGAUAUGGUUAAAUUGGGAAUAUUAGAAUCAUAUCAUUUGAAACGACAAGUUGUUGUUAGUGCAUCAGAAGCAGCUGAAAUGGUGCUUCGUAUUGAUAAUAUCAUUCGAGCUCCACCACGACCUCGACAACGAGAUAUGAGACAUCAUUAA